GGAAAAAGCAUUUACUUUGUGGGUUCCAAUACUUCCCCACCACUACUACUCUCAAAUUCUUCCACCAUUUUUUCUCAAAAUUAAAAUCGGAAUAGCAAACAUGAGCAACGAAUACGAUUAUUUGUUCAAGCUUCUGUUAAUCGGCGAUUCCUCUGUCGGAAAGUCGUGUCUUCUUCUCAGAUUCGCUGAUGAUUCAUAUGUGGACAGCUACAUAAGCACUAUCGGAGUCGAUUUCAAAAUUCGGACAGUGGAGCUCGAUGGCAAGACAAGCAAGCUGCAAAUUUGGGAUACUGCUGGCCAGGAGCGAUUCCGAACGAUCACCAGCAGUUACUAUCGAGGAGCACAUGGCAUCAUUAUUGUGUACGAUGUAACUGAGAUGGAGAGCUUCAACAAUGUCAAACAAUGGCUUAACGAGAUCGAUAGAUACGCAAACGAUAGCGUUUGCAAGCUUUUGGUGGGCAACAAAUGCGAUUUAGUCGACAGUAAAGUUGUGGACACACAAACCGCAAAGGCAUUUGCCGAUGAACUCGGGAUUCCUUUCCUCGAGACAAGUGCGAAAGAUUCAAUCAAUGUGGAACAGGCUUUCUUGACUAUGGCUUCAGAGAUUAAGAAAAAGCUUGGUAGCCAGCCAACUGGGAAUAAGUCAUCGACGGUGCAGAUCAAGGGACAGCCGAUCGAGCAGAAGAACAACUGUUGUGGUUAAAGUUUAGUUAUUUGUAACUUGAAAUGUUUAGAAGUUUGUACAAAGAUAGCAAAUGUCUAUUAACCUAAUUUCCUAUCACUACUGCAGACACAGUUUUAUGUUGCUUUUUUUAUGUACUACAGUUAUCUUCUCUU